AGCAACAACAGCAGGAUGGCUCGACAAAAUGAAAAAUUAUUUAAUCAAAGACUAAGGGAAUGGCUUGGGGUCGCAGCAUAUUCUGCUCAUGUGGCUCAGUUUCCAACUGAAGAGGCUGAGUCUCCAACUCUGGAUGAACCGUGGAGGGAACUACGCUGGGGAGAAAAACAGAAGAACCUUAAAUAUGUGCAGGAAUACAAACCUGAACAAGAUGACAUCAGGUACCUACGAGUCCUGCUAUACGGACCAGUUGGAGCUGGAAAGUCCAGUUUCAUCAACUCUGUCAGUAACGUCCUCAGAGGACGGAUGACGAUUCCUGCUUUGGCCAGCGCGACCACGUCCGAUCAAAGCUUCACUAAAAAGUAUGAGACUCAUAAGUUCAAUAAAGGACGAGGAAGCACAAAGACAUUUUACCCUCUGGUCUUCAAUGACAUCAUGGGACUGGAAGACGGGACCAACAGGGGAGUUCAUGCUGACGACAUCAAACUGGCUUUGAGAGGACAUGUGAAGGAAGAUUACAAGUUCAACCCAGUUGCUCCUCUAACUCAGGAUGACCCAGGCUACAACCCGACUCCCUCUGCUGAUGACAAAGUUCAUGUCCUGGUCUGUGUGAUGUCAGCCAACACUCCUCAGAUGAAUUUGUCAGUUCUGGAGAAGAUGAAGAGCAUCAGAGAAGCAGCCAGUGAUCUGGGAAUUCCUCAAAUGGCCGUGAUGACCCACAUCGAUGAGGCCUGUGGUGAAACUGAGAGAGACUUGAGGAACGUCUACAAGAGCAAGUACCUGAGAAAAAAGGCGAGUUUCA